AUGCCUUCCCCAGAAACAGAUGUCUCCACUGCCCAAAGUGCGAAAGUGAACGGACAUGCCCACAGACCAGAGACGCCAACGCCCCCUUCCACCUCUGCCUCAGCGUCGGCGUCCACGUCCACGUCCUCAACAUCCGCAUCAGCCCGUCCUUCGCUAGACGAGCUCCCCUCCCCCCUUCCAGCGCAGAAACCUGACACUCCCCUGCUAGGAGCACACGACCCUCCUGUGCGUGUCCGCCUGCUGGAAGACGCGCUCAAGAAAGAGCGAGAGGAGAAACAGGCUCUGGCGGCGCAGUAUAAUGGGCUUGUGGAGAAACUGCAGCAUAUGCGUACGAGCUUGGGCACAAAGUUGAAGUUGGAUGCGGAGGAACUGGACAAACGCGAACAGGCUAUCUCGGUGCUCACGGCUCGGGGUGAGGAGCAAGCCCAAGAAUUAGAGACGCUACGGAUCGAGCUCUCCGCCGUCUCCGACCAGGGGGCGACGCUCUCUUCCGAACUUGCGCUGCUACGGUCCCGCACCGGGCAGCUUGAUGCGCUCGAGGUUGAGCUGCAAGCGCUACGCUCGGAGAGGGAGAAGGACAGGCUAGAUCGGGAAGAGGAGAACCGGGGAUGGGAGAGGGAGAGGGUUGGGUGGGAAGGGGAGAGAGAGGGUUGGGAGGAGAGAGAGAGGGCUUGGGAGAGGGAGAGGAGGGAGGCGGACGUCCUCCGUGAGAGGUGGGAGGAGGAGCGAGCGAGAGCGACCAACUUGGAGGGCGUGUUGGAGGACUUUAUGGCUGCAAAAGAAUCUGAGCUCAAGGUCGCUACUGCCGAACUGGGCGCAAGGCUCCAAACGGCAGAAAAGUCGUUAGCGGAGUACAAAGCCCGCGCACAAACUGCAGAGAGCGCACUGGCCAAGUCGGCACUGUCUUCCGUCCGAUGCGGCGAGCUGGAAAAAGAAGUCAAGGAGAAGAACCUCUUGAUCGGAAAGUUGAGGCAUGAGGCGGUCAUCAUCAACGAGCACUUGACAGAAGCUUUGCGCCGUCUGCGAAAAUCCAGUUCGGAGAACAAUGUUGACCGACGCCUCAUAACCAACACCCUCCUCGCCUUCCUCUCUACUCCCAGGGCAGACUCGAAACGCUUCGAGAUGCUCUCCCUGCUCGCCUCCGUCCUAGGGUGGAACGACGACGAGCGGUCCAAAGCCGGUCUGCAGCGUCAACCGGGGACAGGCAGCAGCAGCGCAACGCGACGCGUCCCUUCCACAGCGCGGUCUGCUUCUUCUGCCGGAACCCCCCCGGCCCAGGGGGACGAAACAGAGAGCUUCUCAAAGAUGUGGGUCGAGUUCCUGCUCAAGGAGUCCUCUCAGCCCCUCUCGCCCACAUCGGCAUUCACGACUUCCUCAUCGAUACCGGGCGGGCUGAGCCUGCCGUCUACUGCUCAUCCUAGUCCGAGCCCUACACCGACCGCGAGCACGUUCUCGGGCUUGUUGAGCCCUAAUACUGGGCUUGUGUCGUUGCCCAAGGAGGACCUGUUUGCCCCUGCGCAGGGGAAUGGGAAUGGCUCGGCACCGGGCGCUUUGGUUAGCCAGUUACCGGUAAGGUCACCUCCCCAGGGUACCAUAGGCCUGCCCGGGAUCGCGAGUUGGAGCAGUUCAAAUGGGGGCACUCCGGCAGGUAGGAGAGUGUAG